AAAUAAUGCUUAUUUAGCUUUUGUAGAAUUUGCUUAGCUUAAGGAAAAUAAAGACAAUACCGGUGACCUAGUGAACAUUCCAUAGGCACGUACUUUGCGGUUUACAUAAGCUGGCCUGGCUAUCUCUUUGUUUGUGUAAAUUACCUUGGCCGGCAAAACCGGUUUUGCAAGUACUUCAAUGGCACCGAGUGAAGAGACAACGCCUGUCUCAGGAAUGUGGCCAAGAGCCGAAAAGACCUUAUAUGGAAAAGAUCGGGAAUAAGGAAGUAGGCUGAGCAGGCAGUUAAUGUAUGCAUGAUGUAUGUGGUGCCAAGGGUAUAAGACCUGGCUGCGACCAGGGAGGGGCAGACUCGGCUUUGUUCGUUUCUCCACUUGCAAGUGCUUCAAUAAAACUCUGGCUUUACUUUUAAGACCGUUUCAUCAUUCCUUGAGUAAUAUUGAAACCUUGUACUUGGGAGCGGAUCCUCGCCUAACAAUAAAACGAAUAUUGUGGGCAUUUGUUACAAGUGGCAACCACGAAGGGACAGGCAAUUGAGCACCCCACGGCGUUCCGGAGGCGACGUGGCCGAGCAGAAAGAGUGCUCCGGGCCCCGUUGAGGCCUGUUCCACAUGGUCGACGGGCGCGCCGGGGUGCCGGGGUAAGCGCCAAGCCUCUCCAUAGAAAUCGAAACGAGUAAAGCCAGACUUCGGAAGGGGUAAGUCGCCCGGUAUAGGGCCGAAGAAACCUAUGGAUGCAAGAGUGUGUAUGAGGUGUGUAUGACACAGGACGAAUCCUAACCGUUAUCCCGAAGUGAGAGCGGACUGGCCAGUAGUGCGUUUCCCGCGUCCUCGCGAGAGGCCGGGCCACGACAGCAGGGAAGUGCAAGUUGUCUGUCUUUUCCAUUUUUGUCGGCACAGUCGAGAAUUCCAGAGGCUUCCAUUAGAUCUGGCAAUUCAUAGCUACCGUCCAGGCGAUUGGGUCCGGAUUAAACAGUGGAAAAGGGAGCCACUCCUACCAACUUGGGGACCGGAGAAGCAAGUCGCCCUCAUGAUGGAGGCAGCCGUAAAAGUAUUUGGAAGCGACAAAUGGAUCCAUGUUUCCCGUAUAAAGAGAGCAUCUGAACCACUUACCAUUCAGGAACCAGAGAAGAGGGUAGCGAAGGACCCUCCAACUGGCGGGGUGAACAAUCAAGAACCCGAAGCUAAGUGGUCUUCGAGGGUCGUGUCGGACUCUGACCUGAAGCUCAAAUUCUCCAGGAGAAGGGACAAUAUAUAAUCAUGAAUCCAGUAUUACAAUUUAGACUGGGGAUGGUUUUCUCGGGUUCCCUAAUUUUAAUUGUAUUUUUGUGUAUAACUUUUCUUGACCAAUCCCAACCUUACAAUGAGCAGUCGAGAAUUUUCCGGUCCACACCAGAAGCAACAGAUAAAAUUAAUACAUAUGUUGAGUUGGCUAAACAAGUAGCUAAGGUAUUUUACCUUAAAAGCUGCUGGAUUUGUGGAAACCCCCAAGGGUUUCCGCAAUGGCCAUGGAUGGCAAUACCCCUUAACCCUAAAUGGCUACUAAGUAACCGUAGUGAGGUACAUAAUGGGACAGGAACCUGGGAAACCAGACUAUGGUGGAAUCUAAAAUGGGCUCCCAAGGGCCAGUAUUGCAUGUCCCAGAAUAUCACCCUCCCAAUUCAAGAAUUGGGAAAUAGUAAAUGCAAUUGGACUCUCCAAUACACUACCAAACAUUAUCCAGGGCCGGGGGAGACUAUUACUCCCUGUGCCCUGUGGAAUAAUGGGACGCACGUACGAUUAAAAGAUGACACUUGGGCUCCAUGUACUUGGAUGAGGAAGGAGGGAGUAAAAGAUAUAUAUGCAUGUCGUACAUAUUGGGAAGAACAAACUGUAACAGGGCGACUAUGCGCUUGGUUUAGGAGUAGCAAGAAUCAAUCUCUUUAUAAAAAGGAGUGGGCGUGGCAUCAUUCAAAUGGGAUGAUAGUGAGGGGAUUCCAAAAGUAUUGGGCAGUUACUAACCAUACCCGGCCAGGAUGUACCUGCGUGUGGAGAAAUGAAACGGAAUUAUGGAAAUGUACCACAGAACAAGCAGUUUUAAGUCCUCUUGGUAAUGAAUCAUAUUAUAUACCCUCCCGACUCACAGGGUCACUGUUUAACUACAAAGAGAUACCAGCUUUAAAAGGUCACUAUUGGAUUUGUGGUUCUACCGCUUACUCAACUUUACCAGUAAACUGGACUGGCACCUGUUACUUUGGCAUAAUGUAUACGAUAAAAGGGGGCAAUCUAAACCCCUUAAUUCCAGUGUUUGACGAGGACAUAUCCAAAGAAAAGAAGUGGUCAAUAGAUGUUAGUCUGGCAAAAGGACAAGAUAAUGGAUGGGGUGAGACAUGGCCACCAGAGCGGAUCAUUGCCACGUAUGAUCCAGCCUCCUGGGCACAGGAUGGUAUGUAUGGGUACAGGACUCCCAUUUAUUUAUUAAAUAGAUUGAUUAGGUUACAAGCUGUGGUAGAAAUUCUCACUAAUCAGACGGCAAAUUCCUUAAUUCUGCUUGCUGAUCAAUCAACUCAAAUGAGAGAGGGGAUACUCCAAAACCGGUUAGCUCUGGACUACUUACUGGCAAAAGAGGGAGGAGUCUGUGGGCUCCUCAACCUAACGGAAUGUUGUCUCAAAAUAGAUGACAAUGGUGAAAUUGUAAAAGAUGUGGCAAAUAUGAUGAAGAAGCUUGCACACGUACCGGUACAAACCUGGAAAGGGCUCGAUCUUGGGGAUUGGAAUUCAUGGUUCAACUGGUUCGGAGGAAUGAACACUAUGGUUAUACAAGUUAUGCUAAUUUUAGUAGGAUGUAUGCUUUUACCCUGUCUGUUACCAAUAAUCAUGAAUGGCAUUCGUAGUAUAGCGGACAAUGCAGCAACAAGAAGUAGUAUGCAACUGUAUGGAAAAAUAAUGUAUCAAAGGGUAUAUAAAGAAGAUCCAUGGGAGACAAAAGGAGAGAAGAAGGAAGAGCCCAUUUAGUAUAAUUUAAAAUGGGCUCUUGAGGGGGGAAUUGUAGAAAAUGAACAAGAAAUAAUGCUUAUUUAGCUUUUGUAGAAUUUGCUUAGCUUAAGGAAAAUAAAGACAAUACCGGUGACCUAGUGAACAUUCCAUAGGCACGUACUUUGCGGUUUACAUAAGCUGGCCUGGCUAUCUCUUUGUUUGUGUAAAUUACCUUGGCCGGCAAAACCGGUUUUGCAAGUACUUCAAUGGCACCGAGUGAAGAGACAACGCCUGUCUCAGGAAUGUGGCCAAGAGCCGAAAAGACCUUAUAUGGAAAAGAUCGGGAAUAAGGAAGUAGGCUGAGCAGGCAGUUAAUGUAUGCAUGAUGUAUGUGGUGCCAAGGGUAUAAGACCUGGCUGCGACCAGGGAGGGGCAGACUCGGCUUUGUUCGUUUCUCCACUUGCAAGUGCUUCAAUAAAACUCUGGCUUUACUUUUAAGACCGUUUCAUCGUUCCUUGAGUAAUAUUGAAACCUUGUACUUGGGAGCGGAUCCUCGCCUAACAAUAAAACGAAUAUUGUGGGCGUUUGUUACAGUUUUAACCUAUAAAGCCUUACACAGCUUAGGACCACAAUACCUGAUGGAACGCCUCUCCCGACAUGAACCCACCCGUACACUAUGCUUAACAUCUAAGGCCCUCCUCCGGGUACCUACUCGGAGGGAAGCUGGGAGUCUGGCAACAAGAGAGAGGGCCUUCUCAGUGGUGGCCCCCAAUUAAGGAAUGAUCUCUUUGAUAAAGUGCACCGUUAUCUUUUCGGCGCCAGGUCAAGACUUUCCUCUUCUCCCAGGCAUUUUAA